UGCAAUUUAUUUGACGAUUAAGUUAUUUAAAACUAUAUUUGACGUAAUAAGCCUAGUAAAAUAAAAUGCAAUAAUAUUUGGUACCUGCUAACUCAGUAAAAGAGACAACACCUUGUAUGAAUCAUUUUUGUAAAAUUCGUAUCUCUGGCUCGAUACUUUAACAUCAUUUUAUUUGCUUCAAGGUCUUUCUUAUCUGUUAUUCUCAGCAGAGAACUUCUUUUUUACUUUGUGUAAAUAGAAAGGUAAUGUGAAUUUUGCUAUUUUAUACUAGUUUUGUACGAGCCGCGGUCGGGCGAUGAUGUUCGCGAGUGUUGGUGUGAAUAAAAACUUUGAAAAACGAUAUUUUGAAUGGCAAUUAAUUAUUUAAUUAGUACAAAUGUUGCUAAAGUACUGUGAUUUGCAAAUGUAAUCAGCACUUUAUGGAAAUCUUUUGUGCUUACCAUCGCAACUACGAAGAGUUGUCGAGCGCGUCCGGAAAAGUCCGGAGGUGUUUUCCACCGGAUCAGGAUAUCAGUUGCGCUUACGUUUUCAAACGACGUCAGUCCGCAAUCGAAAGCUUCACUCUCUCUCUGUAUGUGACCGCUGCCGAACUUCCUUCCGAGUUUUCAACUUCCAACAGCCACCCGGCAAACAGGUGUAUCCCACUCGCUCUUCGUCUUCCCUUGGGUAUUGAUCAAAAGAAGCAGUUCCCUCCGUUCCAUAUAUCGUCACACUUCACGCACCAAAUUCUCUUCGCAAACUUAAUUACUUCUUACCCGUCUUUAUACAAUAAUUCGCUUUAACAGUAUCGCCUGAAAAUCGACUGAAACCGAGUUUUGUUUAAAGCGAAUGAACAGUGUUCUCGAUAAGUCGCAGUCGCACUCGUGUGCUUAUUAAUUUUCAUUCGUUGAGCUGAACGAAAAUAGAAUUUACUCCUCCAGAACUGAACAGUCCCGGUCCGCACAGCUUUCUUUAUCAAUUGUGAAAUGUUGUCAUCGUGCCAAGUUCUCGGUUCUCCACGUGAAGCGCCUUGUAAUAAAGUUCGUUGAACACCUGAAGCCAAAUGAACGGCAGUGCUUCGGCAAUGGCGGAUUACGAAAGGAUACGUUUGGUUGUUUUGGGCGGUGCUGGGGUGGGAAAGAGUUGUAUCGUGAAACGUUUCCUCAUGAACACUUACACUGACAAGUACAGGAGUACAAUUGAAGACCUCUACAAUCGCGAAUACGACCUGGGGCACAUGACGCUCAAGGUGGACAUCCUGGAUACAGCUGGCGACAUGCAGUUCCCUGCCAUGAGGAGAUUGUGUAUAGCAACUGCUCAUGCGUUCCUCCUGGUUUACGCUGUCACGUCUGCGCCAUCGUUUCAGUGUAUUAAACAAUGCUUUGAGGAGAUUAGGGAGCAGCGGGCCGAUUUUCAGGAUAUUCCCAUUGUGAUAGCGGGGAAUAAGUUGGAUCUUACAUCUUCGCACAGAGAGGUCAGGAUAGAAGACGUCUCGGAGUGGGUCUACUGCGAACUGCCGAAACUUAGGAUGAAGGUGCUCGAAUGUUCGGCAAAGGACGACAUAAAUAUCCGAGAAAUAUUCCGUUCCCUCUUGAAUCUAUCCAGAAUAAUCCCCCGGGAUUCAGACGAUACCACACAAUUCAAACGUAGGAGUAGCGCGUAUGUGUCGAAUAGCAAGAGCGGCCGCAGGACGGCGAGUCCGGACAAGGAGAAAUCCACCAGUGCCGCUGAAGGUGGCGGAAGUCACUCACUCGAAACACGUGCCAAACCGAGAUCCAGAUCCCUUAUAAGAAGAUCCAGUAGGAAGACUAAACAGCAAAUUCGGGAGGCGAACAACAGUUCAGAGGACUGCAACAUAUCGUGAAUUGCAAACCGCGACUCAUAUUGUACUCAUCGUGUGUAUCUCUUUUCGUCGACCCAAUUGAUUUGCUGCUGUUCUCUGUAAAUAUGAAAAAAAAUCGGUUGUCUGUAAAGUCGGUUUACUGACGAUAAUUGAACGUGACAACGUCAU